AUACGGUUCUUGAAUGGAGAGAUUACUGCACAUGUGUCCCGUAGAAGAAUUUUUAAUUCACGGACUUCCCAUUAGGUGUCGCUCGCAGGACCAUUUUCAUCGAAUUUUUGUGAUCUUCUAUAAUUAUUGAUCCAUGUUUAAGCUCAGUUCCGGGUAUGUAAAAUAGAAACUCAGAAAUGUUUGCUGUUGGUGGAUGUGGAAUAUGUGGAUAAACAACUGACGAGGUUAAAAAAAUGGAAGUAACUCGAUCGAAUUUUCAGGAGGUCCUCUCAGAAUUGGACGAUGUUAUAAAAAAUGCAUCGUUUCUUGCAAUAGAUGGAGAAUUCACAGGACUCAAUUCAGGUCCUGAUGCUGGUGCCUUCGACAUACCUGCUCAGUACUAUACCAAAUUACGAGCAGGUUCAAUGGACUUUCUUCUUAUACAAGUUGGCCUGUCUGUUUUCACAUUUGAUAAACAUACAAACAAGUACAGUCAGCGAUCCUACAACUUUUAUGUUUUUCCACGACCCCUCAAUCACACAGCUCCAGAUUCGAGGUUCAUGUGUCAAGCAUCUUGUAUAGCAUUUCUGUCAGCACAAGACUUUGAUUUCAACAAACUAUUCAAAUUAGGCAUUCCUUAUCUGACGACAAGUGAAGAAGAGGUGCUAGUAAAACGAUUAGAAGAGAGGCAAAAAGCAAGGGAAGAAGUGCCAGAACUGAUUCCCAUUGCGGAAAAAGACAAACCUCAAAUCACAGAAAUUUGCUCGAGGAUAGAGAAAUUCAUAGCUUCUGAUGCAGAACAAAUGACGAUAGAGAAGUGUAAUGCAUACAUAAGGAAGCUAGUGCAUCAAGAAGUGAGAGUGAGAUGGCCGAACAAAUUGAGAGUGGAAAGUAAAAUUGAUUAUUUGGGGCACAGUCUUGUGGUGCAGAGAUCUGGGACCAAGAAAGAAGAAGAACAAAAGGAUGCAGAGAGGAGGGAGAGAGAAAAGAUGGAGAUCAAGGAAGCUGUUGGCUUGAGUAGUCUCUUGAGAAAGAUUGCUGACUCUGGGAAAUUGAUAGUCGGUCAUAAUAUGCUGUUGGAUAUCUGUCAUAUUGUACACAAGUUCUUCGGACAAUUACCAGAAAGUUACUUGGAAUUUAAGUCUCUUGUUCAUAGCUUGUUUCCUAGGAUUUUAGAUACAAAAGUGCUUUGUGAGUCGCCAGAGUUUAAAGAGAAUGUACCAUUAUCGAAUUUGAAUGUAUUAUUAGAAAGGGUUAGUAAAGCUCCAUUUGAAAUUCCUGAAAUAGAGUCUAUUGAGGGUAGGAGUUAUUCGACAUCAGUAGAGAAAUGCCACGAAGCUGGGUACGAUGCCUAUAUAACCGGAGUAUGCUUCAUUGCACUGUGCAAUUACUUAGGUCGUUUACAGAAACCGGAAGUGCCCAUAGUUCUUGCAGACUCACCUCUCUUGAAUCCAUUUUUAAACAAGCUUCUUAUAGCAAGAUUAAAAGAUUAUCCCUAUAUCAGCUUAGUGGAUAAAGAUCCGAAUCCAAGCAGGGAUCAUGUGUUCCAUUUAACAUUCCCGAAGGAGUGGAAGAUUAAUGACAUUAUUCAGUUGUUUAGCCCUUUUGGAGGAGUAUAUGUAUCAUGGUUGUCUGAUACAUCCGCAUAUGUAGCAUUGAACCGUCGAGAACAGGUCAUCUCGGCAACGAAAUGUUUAUUUAAAAAAAAACAUACACCAUACAAGAUACAAAAGUAUGUGGACCAUCAGGCAUCGUUUGAUGUGAACAACGACAGGGGAGAACGUAAAAGAAAACUAUCUUCCAUCGAGCCACUCGAAAAGAAACCCGAGGAGAUCUCGUCACCAGCUUCCGGCAGGAACCUGACCGAUGCCGACGACGGCUGGGAGGUGGCGAAAGGUAAGCGACGCCAGAAACGAAAAGAUCCGGCGGAUGGUGACAGCGGACGUUCUGCGAAGAAGAAACCAUUUUCUGAGGCAUCCUGGGACUAGCAAUCCUUCUGUCUUCUGACACAGUCCUGAGGAACGAUGAACAAAUUACUCAACAAGAAAACAGAACGGCAAUAUUUUAUUGUAUCGCUUUUUACUUUGUAAUCUUUUAGAAGCGCACGUAUUCCCAUACUACUUUCCUCAGCACGCUAAACUAUGACAAGUUUCAACCGUCGUGAAAUUUCGAACAAUUGGUAAGCUCAACUGGACAGUCAUAAAUAUCUUCGUUAUCAAAUGUUUAUCGUUAAAAUGGCAAUUCUUGUUUCGGACAAUUUCGAAAUUAAUUUUGAAUUCAAGAUCAAAUAUUAAACAAGAAUUAAAACACUUUGUUUUCCAUAUUUCUGAAUAAUUUCUGAAAUUUUCGAAGGUUCUUUAUCUGAAUUUUUCAAUUCUGCUUCAAAAAGAGUAUUCAAAUACUAAAGAAUUGCAUGAAAAUUAAACAAAACCUUGGUUUUAAUAUCUCUAAAAUUAUUUUUAAAAAAAUUUUAGAUAUCCUUCAGCUAAUUUUGAUAAUUUUGCUUCAAGGAGAGAUGAAGCGCUAGAAAAUUUAUUGUUAAUUUGUAGAAAAUCUUGUAUUUGUUUUACAUUUCUGAAUGAUUUACAAAAAUUGUAAAAAAUUGUUUAUUUAAAUUUUUUUAUUUUGCUACAAGCAGUAAAAAUACUUAUUGGCAAUUUUUAAAAUACUUCAAUUCUGUAUUUCUGGACAAAUCUAGCGUUAAAAUUUAUCAUAUUACAAUUUUACAACUGACAACAUUGAAAAUAUAUUUUAUAUGUGUGGUCAAUAAAUUUAUGUCGCAAGAUGUUUCAACAAUUUUUUAAAUAAUUUCUGAAAUAUUCGGAAGAAAUUUCAAUGUGAAUAGAAUUUUUAACCAACGACGACACUGGCACGUGUAGGUAGCAACAAUUUUAUUAACGUUCACAUGAAAUCGAAGGUAAAGUAAAGGAAAGGUGAAAUUUAUGUCUAACAUGGUGUUUCAUUUUUGAUUGAAUAAUUACAUGAUCAAUUUCAGUCGGCUUGCACGUCUCUGUAAAGAACGAAACCAAAAUCGUAGAAGUACAAAUGUGUCUCACUGCUAUUAAAUACUAUAGCUGCAGUUCUACGAUGUCUAACUGAAUAUUCUAACCUGGAAAGUUUAUAAACAUAUUUUUCCUACACGAUGGGCGAAGUCGUCCGCUGUCUCGAAUAUUGAUACAAUAAAAGACUUGCUGCCAAAAAAUUA